UUUCCGCCCUGUCUCAGUUGAUCCCGCCAUGUUUAUUUCUCCAUUACGGUUGAUGACAGCACUGGCAUGUUUGCUCAUCUCCGUCUUGUGCUUCACUUCGGGCUGUGUCGGCUGAGCCGAUGCUAAGGCUUUACGACUGUCUCUGUUGCGUCUACCCCUAGCACUCUCGGGAUGCCUUCAAUGCGCCAACCAUGCUCAAACAAUACUGGGGGCCGGAAAGCAUGCAACCAGUCUGCGAAAUAUUCGACCUCUUACUUGUGCAACACUCGCAUAUUCACAUGGGAUCCUCCCGUCUGCUAUGUAGGCUCCCAACCAGAACCUACCCCCUUCUCGGCGACGCAACUGAUACCAGAGUCUUGGCUGGGAACAGAUUGCUCGGUUAAAGCGAGGCAGACAGAGGGAUUGGGUACUACGACUCAGGAACGACGCAAUCUCCGGUACACUUCCAAAUGCUCCCUUCACGAAGUGGAGCAGUAUGCUUUCCGAUUUGAGACAAAUUCUAGACUUGCAAGAGGCGCAUGGAGAAGUUCCUCACCGAAGGCCUCUCCUUCCGUUGGCUUGGGGAACUGGCAUGUCUGCACGAAUACCUUGCUAUACUUCACGCACGACCCAACUGCGUCUUCAACACCCCCACAUUCAGGAGGUAUCGCCACCAGCAAUGGAACGCCCCCAAGCUCGCAUCAACGAUACCAUCCAGCAUAUUGCACCCAUUCGAAGAACCUUCCUUGCGUCUGCGACAGAGCGGAGAGAUGUGGAAUCGGCCACCCUGGAAACACAACUGUCCUCGAGCACUACAUUACAGGCCGAUACAACGCAAACAGAUCCUCCAUCGGUUGCCAAGAAGUCUCCAGGUCAGCGCCACACCAUGGCGUGUUCGGUCAACUACGCCAUAGUACACGUGCAUGAUGAUUACACCAAUCCCAACAGACGCUUUCCCCUGGCCCUGACCGACCCUGGCCGAUCUGAGACGGAGACAGACAACGAGGUCUGGGGCUUGUGUAUGUAAAAAGGUGGCAAAUGCUGUGGUAGAUGUGUCGAGGCCUGCAACCGUGACUGGUUGGAAUUGCCAUCAAAGAAGCAUAUUGUAACCCGAUCACGUCCUCCUUCCUGUUCCUGUUCCCGACCCUGUUCCUUCCCGCAUCCUUUCCUCACUCUGCUACACGUGCAGUGU